AUCUGCACUGCCGCAUUCAAAUACCGGAUCGGGCAGCUGUACAUGAUCAGUAAACACAGCCAUGAGCAGAGCGAUAGAGGAGAAGGGGUGGAGGUGGUCCAGAACGAACCCUUUGAAGACCCAGUUCAUGGCCAAGGACAGUUCACAGAGAAACGAGUCUAUCUCAACAGUAAAUUACCCAGCUGGGCUCGAGCAGUGGUCCCUAAAAUCUUCUAUGUGACAGAAAAAGCCUGGAACUACUACCCGUACACCAUAACAGAAUAUACAUGCUCAUUCCUGCCCAAGUUCUCCAUUCACAUAGAGACGAAAUAUGAGGACAACAAAGGAAGCAACGACAAUAUCUUUGAUACAGAGCUGAAGGACCAGGAGAGGGAGGUGUGCUUCGUCGACAUCGCCUACGAUGAAAUCCCCGAGCGCUACUAUAAAGAGUCUGAGGACUUGCGAUAUUUCCAGUCAGAAAAGACAAAGCGGGGUGUACUGCAGGAAGGCUGGAGGGACACACAGGACCCCAUCAUGUGCUCCUACAAACUGGUCACAGUCAAGUUUGAAGUGUGGGGUCUGCAGACACGAGUGGAGCAGUUUGUACACAAGGUGGUCAGAGACGUGCUGCUGCUCGGACACAGGCAGGCAUUUGCUUGGGUUGACGAGUGGAUAGACAUGACGAUGGAUGAGGUGAGAGAGUUUGAGCGCUAUAUCCAGGAGGCCACCAACCAGAAGAUUGGGGUGUUUCCCCCAUCGAUCUCCAUAAGCGAGACGCCCCUGUCCUCCUGCGCUCUAACCGGCCCCGCCAGCGCUCCUUCAACCCCAAUGUGCACGGAUGCUCCAGAAUCCCUGUCCGUUCCCAAAGACCGGCCUCGCAAAAAGUCUGCCCCCGAAACACUGACCCUUCCGGAGCCCCCUUCCAGCGAGGUGGCACAGAGCUCUGAUCUGAACCAGUUACCCAUUUCCAACCAUAUCCAGUCAUCCACUCCGCCUUCCGACUCUGAUCUCGCUGAAACAUGCGAGCAGUAGAACAGAGGAAUGUCUUCCCCUAACCCCUGUUUAAUCCUUAUCUUCUCUACCCUGUGUCUUAUGAGCCCAGUGAGGCUACUCUUGCCUCCAAGCACCAGUGCCCUAACACUCGACUAAUUUAGCCAUAUCCAACAAUUCACCAUAAUCUUUAAACACACCAAUCACUCUAGAAGUCUUCAUUAUUGCCAUCCAGGCAGCUGUUGGCUCACUCCCCCGAUGGGGGCGGAGUGCCAGUCAAGCGAGCCAGAUGUCAGAUCUUUUCUAACAAACACAUUUAGUGUCGAUGGAAAGCGAAGGUUUUUUUUUUUUUUUGCUCAGCGGCAGUUCUUUGUGUGAAUAAAUUCUUUUCAUCGUGUCCAGAGUUAUGUCUUCUUAAAUCAAACCAGAUGGCCACGAAUUAUUGCAUUUUUGACAUAGUUGCCUUGACAUCACAGCCAGUGGAGAUUCCGUUCUGAUAGUCGGUUCAAAAUCAUUUUAUCAGUUACUAAUUAGCAUCAAAAGGUAAAUUCUAAUAAAAAUUCAAACUGGAACAGCACAGUAGAAGUAGAACCUCACUGAAGAGGCCGUCUACGUAUUUUAUGAUAGAUCCACUGAAGUGUUCCUGUAGCUGGUCAGAUUGUACUCAUUAUCUGUUUAAACGCUGAAAAUGCAAAAUCUGUACAAUCACAAAAUAAAAAAAAAACACCUCAGGUCUCCUAUAAACUCACCCGGAUCUCUCUCCAGGGGCAGGAUGCUGUUGUACCCAACCCACCCUGCUUUAUAGCCAAACCUUCCUUUUAUACCUCCAGAAAUGUUAUGAUACGAAACAUAGUACGCAGCAA